AUGAGUACCAGAAUCAUAAAUAUGGAGGAUCGCCUGGAAGCAGGUGAGCAACCGGGUGUAGUUUACCAACUCCAGUGUCAUAACUGUCGUAGCCAUUAUACUGGUCAAAUGGGAAGAUGCCUCCGCUCGCGAAUACUGGAGGACAAACAGGGCUGUUCAUAGGGGCGACCCACUCUCUCAAAUCGCCAUUCACACCCUGGAGGAAGGUCAUGAAUUCGACCUCGCCAGCACGCGGAUACUGGCGCGGGCCGGCAACAAGACGGGACGCGAACUGUUAGCGGCGUGGGUGUCCGACCCCACCUCCAUCAAUAGACACAUUGUCUUACCCCCCUCCCCCCUAUUAUCACGCACUCCGCCCACGCACUCAGGUGGCCUGGCUCACAUCGCCACCAAGGACGCAAUCCCACCCCCCACCCUCACGGUACGACUGUAUACUUGCUCACACGUUGUCGCACUCCAACAGUCUCUGAUGAUGAACUGUUAGAGUUCGAAAGCUUAGACAAAUAAGGCUGCCGUCCCAGUGAUCGCAGCUUCGUCUUCUCUUCAACGUGAAAGUGGGAGGCGCAUAUUCUCUUCCAUUCGUUUAUAUACACAAUCUUUACCGCUACGUCUUGACAGAGGAUGUGGAUUCUGUUGAAAUUCUUCAUCCCAGUUGUAUGUUGCGGAAACAACGGGUAUCAGUAUACUCGGUAGAUGUGUUUCCGUUGUUUGUCUCCCCAAACUAACAGUGGGCAUGUGAGGGUCGAUCUGUCCUUUUCUGUUAAAACCUGGUAUAGUACGCGGGGACGGGGUCGUGUGUGGCACGCUUAGACAUACUACUGAGCUCUGCCAAUCACUUGUGCCCAAUCCAGCACCAGAUUACCGACAGACUCGGACGGUCAACUGAUGCAUCGGAGCGGGACGAGAGAGGGAGAGUGAGAAAACGGGGCUGACUCUGAUCCUUACCGCUUCAGCGCGUUCCGCGCCGUAAUAAAUGUUAAGCGUUUAAGUCCAUUAGAACGCGAAAAAAACCGUAGCUCUGAAGGCUGCCGACUUACCACUUAACAUGAUCGCAGCUGUUAGUACUUUGCUCUUGGAGGGAUUUACUGGCGGACUGAGAGUCCGGAUGCAGUGGCUCCUUCUUAUGGCACUCCCACUCAGACGGCAUAAGAGCUGCCCCCUGUUGUUGCUAUGGCAACUAGGCCCUCUCUGCGCGGACCAGGUCGUAUGUGGUGCGCGUAGAAGAAUGGGUGCGACAGAUGCUGCGCAAACCGCUGCCCGCAAUGGUCGAACCAAUAAGAGUAGGCAAAAUCGAAAGCAAUUGACAAAAAGCAACGAGGAACUGCUUUCUAGUAGAGAACGCAUUAUCCUAAUGGCACACAGUAUUGCAGGAGUAAACAACUGUACUUUGACACCUUCGCGAAGGCUAGGCUAGGAACUGAUAUUCUUGGCAUGACUGAAGAAAAGGCGGAAAAGGGGACAGACAUAUACACUUUAAAGUAAAAUCUUCGGGGAACAUACAGUAGGUGUGCUAACUCAUGAAAUGUUGACCGAAAUUAUGAAAUACGCUUUCAUUUCGAAAAGGUUUUAAAAUUAAUCCUCCUGCAGCAUAAUUCUAUAAUAAUUCAGUUACCUCGGGAUGCCGGCUUUUGAACGAACUUCUUUUGGGCCGCAGGCCACGACCACGCUCUGUAAAGAACGACUACUUAUGUAGCAUGCAUUUUUGUCAUUGAUUUUCGAUGCCCUUAUAUAUUCAAUUUUAUUUCAUGGAAAACAAGCAUAAAAGUAUGCAUUCUCUUACUCAUUCGGGAGAAACUAACGUCUUUGUUCAAUUUUAUACUCGAAGGAAGGGUACAAUUCGGUUUUAAAAGAAUUUUCCAAUUCCCGAAUAAUUUCAAACCCGACCUGCCGUUGCACUUGUACUCAGGGUUCCCAAACUACAAGCCGUAUAUUUUCCGCGUAUGGAAAACCAUAAAUUUAUCUAUGGUAUUAAGAGGAUACCAUAUGGGGUUCAUAAAAUUUAACGGUGGAUUUGAACCGUUUCACAAACUUUACAAGCAACAUUAGUAAAUGCAGAGACACGGUGUUUUAUGAACGUCCAUUUCACGGUAUUAAAAAAAUCUCAUAAUUAGAAACUUUUUAAAAACCAAAUUAUGCCAUUUCUUCGAGUGUAAAAUUGAAAGAAGACGUAAGUUUCUACCGAAUGAGUAAGAGAAUGAAUAUUUUUAUGCUUGUUUUCCAUGAAAUAUAAUAGAAUUUUUAGGGGAUAUCGAAAAUCAAUGAGAAGAAUUCAUGCUACUUAUGUAGUUGUUCUUUACAGAGUCUGGUUUUGGCCUGCGACCCAAAAGAAGUUUAUUCGAAAGCUGGCACCCUGAGGUAACUGAAUUGUUUUAUAAUUAUGCCGUAGAAUGAUUAAUUUUAAAACUCCACUUAAUUAAUCUUUUCGAAACGAAAGCACAUUUCGUAAUUUCGGUCAACAUUUCAUGAGUUAGCGCACCUACUGUAUAUCGGUGCCGUUGAAGCAUUCAUUCAGCUUAAUGAUUAAUACUUUGAGAAAUAAGAAAGAGGAAGAGGGGGAGUUAUUUCGAAACUGUCAUUCGGUAGUGAGAGCGAUCCUCAAUCAGCAUGACCAAAAUGCAAACGACUUCGUGUCCAGAAAGAACAGCAACAUAAAAAAGUAUGACAGUCUAACACCAACCUCUGUACAUCAGUCUCAGUACGCGUCAGAUAUCGUGUCAAAGAUGAUUCCGCAUAAAUAAGACAGCGAAAACUGCAUGCGGUAUGCGAAGGACACGUUUCGAAAUGAAAAUACUCUCCCCUUUUUUAUUAUCAACGCAGGAAAAUAGCAGAACAGUAGGGGAUAAGAGAGAAUAGAAGGGGUGGGGGGGGGGAUAUACACUGUCAAGUUUUCCACUGAGAGGCAUGGUAGAACCGUAGGCAUUGAGUACAACAAACAAGUUUAUGCAUUCAUUUAAAAGAGGAUCCGAGAGUAAAAGGGAAUAGGAGUUUGGAAGACAGGUAGCGGAAAGAUGAUACUUCAGUCGGGAAGAAUGGUAAAGGAUUCAGAAUUGGGAGAUGGUCGCUGUCUAGAGACCCUGUAACGACCGACCUUGUAUGGGGUUUAGCGGUCCUUGUCUCGUUCGUAUCUCUGUAGAGCGCCUGGGCUGAAACGUCCGGGUCUGGAGCCUCCUUCCCUUUCCCUUUAUCUCGAUCCUCGAGGCAUCCAUAACAAAAUAUAACACUCCAAUCACACAAUAAUAAAAGCGAUAUAACAAGUGCUUAUCGUAAGAGCAGAGGUGGAACGCAAACACGGGGAAGAAGGAAGGGUUGGUCAGUUCAAAGAAGCGUUAUCCUCACAAUUGUCCGGGGAGGGUGGAGUUGGGAGCUGCCAGGGGAGGCGGAGAAGGAUUAAUUUCUUCACGCACCUCGAAUGGGAACAAAGGAAGGAGAGCGAAAAACAGUCUCACGUCAGGCACCUCUACACUCAAACUUGGCGCCACAGACAAUUAAAACAAAACAGGGCUAUACUUCUUCACGUCUGUCCGCUAUAACUGACUUCCGGUUGGUAAGAAGAUAAGCAUUUUCCGACAAUCAUAUUUCGACAUGAUCCAAGCCCUGCCUAAGACGUUUGGCAUCGACCUCACUUUUGACGAGGUGAUCGAUUGUUACGUUAACGGCGCGUAGGCAGUCAUUUGGCGAUCUUAGACCAUCAGUGUCAUGCAAAAAGACUUCAGGAGAUAUCAUGGGACCCUGAAGCCCUCCGCAGAUACAAGGAGGUAGAAUAGACUUCCUGACUGUUGUGCUGGAUAAAUUCAGCAUGGAAAGGAAGAUGAUCUGGAAGCCAAGAUAUAAUCCAAUCGGGAGAGCCAAACCCGAAUGUUUUAUUAAACAGGAGGUAGCGUGUAACAGCACUGAGGACCGAUGAGUAAUCAGGAAAUGUGCUUGCGUACGCAUGACGACCCCCUGUCAAAGCCUGUUUGCAUCGAGUGCGUCACCAGGGGUUCGAGAUGAUGGGAAAGUGAGAAACUGGAAGGCACAGAGAUCCAAGGUACCGGAAGGGAGAGACCUCUCCGGGAGGAAUGCCCAAGGAAUCAGGAUUGGCCGCAGUCAAAAGAUACAAUGAACUGACUUCUGACUAUUGAGCAGAAGACCACUUUCCGACGACCAUAGCGAGACACAAAUCGUACUUCCUCCCGCGUACGCGGCCGUCGGGCGGCCUGAACUCUUCAGCGUGAAGCGAAAAGUGGCGAGAAAUAAGGUGAAGUACUCCGCUUCAAUUUGAGAGUUGAAUAAACUUCCUGAUUGUCCUGCCGAACAAAAUGAGCACGGAGAGAAAAAGAAUCUCGCAGCCAAGAAAUAAUCUAGUUGGAGAAGCCACACCCGAAUGUUUUAUUAAACAGGAGGUGGCGUGUAACCGCACUGAGGACAGAUGAGUAAUCAGGAAAUGUGCCUGCAUACGCACGACAACCCCCCGUCUGGGCCACCAGCGUAACAGCAUCGAAAUUACCAAGUCUGACUUGAUGCGCAAAUUGUAGAUCUGAGAAAGAGAAGGAGAGUUUAGUUAAUUUCAGAGGAGCCGAUGAACAAGAGAUGGGACAGAAGGAUUUCCGGCCAAAACUAUCAGAACUUUUAUGAGCAAGAGUACUUUUAACGGCGCGUAACGCACCAAAAAUCCUAGCUUCAUUUAACGAUAUGUUAAUACAAGCAGUUAAAUCGGAGGUACAGAGAACAGUAGUAAGAUAUUCUAGAAGCUACCAACCCAAAACCUGGUUCAGCACAGUCCGUAAAGACAUGGAGAUGGUCAUUGGAUACUCGGUAUUCGGUUGCCCUCGCUGGAGGAGGGGGACUUAUCCGCCCCCUAACUGCCGCCCCGCUCCAAUUGAACUGGCUUCUAGUUUACGUCGCUUGAUAUAGUUGUCCUCAGUUAGAUGUGGUUAUGUAACCGCGCCUGAGGUAAACAAACACCAGCUACCUGUAUUACGGGACCUGUGGUAAUAGAGGUUUUUAAACAGGCGGGACCGGUGAACGCACAGGUGACGAGGUCAAGUAGUUGUAUGCAGAAGAAAAGCCAUUGGGAAUGCGCGGUUGUACUUUGAGUAGUUGAGAAAUAGUUGUCCUAACCCCUACCCCUAACUCUAACCCCUAAGAGCAUUGUGUUCACCAGGUGCAGCUACAUAACCACAUCUUAUCAUUGCCCUCUAAAGAUAACUAUUCACCUUCUGCUUCGUGGCAGUGUCCGCGCGCGGGAAGAACGUGCAUCCCAAGCUAUUCCAAUAUGAGUGUGUAUGGCGCUCUGAAAGUUCCAAGCAACGUUGUCCCCCGAGAGAACCGCCGAAGGACCUCAAAAAGCCGGUCGAUGUAGGAUGGUCGGCUACCCGAAGGCUCUCAAACUAGGAAGCAGGUAAGGCGGAGAAUCUUUUAAUGGGGCCAAGAGUGUACAGACGGCACCGUCAGCAGUUCCAGCUGCAGCCGAUCGACGAGGAGAGAAAUAUCGAUCGGCAUCAGGGCAUCGCAAGCCCGAGGUCGAGUCACGCGUGUUUGGCCGGCCGGGGGCGACAUUGGGAAAGCGGUGGCGCUGACGGCCAUGAAAGCGAGCAGGUACAGGCCUCCUAUUUCAAUAAUCAGCUUUGGGUGACAAACUCUUCUGUGCUAAUUGCCAGCGAAUGUAAGGUGUCAGGGGUUGCCUGUUUUUUUUUACAGGUAAAAUGUUUUGUGAAAGAUUUUUGAACAGGACACUGUUUUGCCCAUUACGAUGUCAGUGUCUUAUUUUAGCUACUCAUUUCAACAAAAAGUCACUAGCUUCGCACUACAGUAGGUGGGCUAACUCAUGAAAUGCCAACCGAAAUUCCGAAAUGCGUUUUCGAUUAGAAAAGAUUAAUUAAGUAAGGUUCUAAAACUAAUCAGCCUGCAGCAUAUUUCUAUAAUAAUUAAGUUACCUCUGUAUGUCAGCUUUCGAACGAACUUCUUUUUGGCUGCAUUCAAAAACUGCACUCUGUAAAAAAUGACCACUUAUGUAGCAGGAAUUUUUUAUCAUUGAUUUUCAAUGCUCCUAAAUGUCCAAUUAUAUUUCAGGGAAAGCAUGCAUACAAAUAUUCAUUCUUUUGCUCAUUCGGUAGAAAAUUACGUCUUCUUCCAAUCCUAUACUCGAAGGAAGGGUAGAAUUCGGUUUCCAAAAACUUUUCCAGUUUCCGAAUAAUUUUGAACCCGCUCUACCGUUUCACCUGGAUUAAGAGUUUCCAAAGUACAAGUCGUAUAUUUUCCGCGCACGGAAAACCAUACAUUUCUCUAUGGUAUUGACAGGACACCAUACGGGGUUUAUAAAAUUUGGCAGUGGAUUUGAUCCAUAUUGUUAACUUUACAAGCCACGUUCGUAAAUGCAGAAACAUGCCGAUUUAUGAACGGCAAUUUCACGGUAUUUAACAGUUCUACAAUUUGAAACCUUUUAAAACCGAAUCAUGUCCCUUCUUCGAAUAUAAAAUUAGAAGAAGACGUAAUUUUCUACCGAAUGAGCAGAAGAAUGAAUAUUUGUAUGCAUGUUUUCCCUGAAAUAUCAGUAGACCUUUAGGGGCAUCGAAAAUCAAUGAGAAAACGCAUGCAACAUUAGUGGUCAUUUUUUACAGAGUGUAGUUUUUCAUGCAGCCAAAAAGAAGUUCGCUCGAAAGCUGACACCCAAUGGUAACAUAAUUAUGACAGAAAUAUGCUGCAGGCUGAUUAGUUUUAGAGCCGUACUUAAUUAAUCUUUUCGAAUCGAAAACGCAUUUCGGAAUUUCGGUUGACAUUUCAUGAGUUAGCCAACCUACUGCAUUUUUGUCAGUUCCAUAGACUUGCAUUGUACAGCCUUGCUGCAUCUUUCUCGCUUUUGAAAUUUAAGCCCUGAGAUGCUUGUCAAGACAGCUAAAUGGAGUGUUACAUAAUUGCCGUGUCACCGUAAACAAAUUUUUGUGGUGUAACCUCAUUGAUAUUCUAUUGUCCGAAUUGGACAACUCCGACUACAUUAUUCACAUAUAUGAACGGGAAACCGUUCUUCUCCUAACAUUUUAAACUGUCUUUCGAAGCCCAAAAGUUACCAGCAGACACAGGUUCUCUUGGGGAAUUACAUUUGGCUGGACCGCACAGACCCUACGGUCCCAUUGUCUGGGGGCGUGCAGAGCUCUACUAAACUCCCCCGAAAUGUCCACGAAUAUUAAUGCGCCAUCAUUCUUGUGUGUGAGGGUGGUUGCUAUGCGACAAUCAGCCCGAUGGUGUAUUAAAUAUGCGCACUUUAAUAAGGCGUCCUAGGUGCGUAAAUAGUUUUCUGCAUUCUAAAAUACAUCCAUUUAUUCAUAGAUGGCCGAAAGCAGACUUGAGUUACGUACGAAUACAUUUUUGGGGUUUAUUACCAUCGGACUCCCCGCCUCCCUCACAAGACAGGUGAGGUCUCCAUGAUCACAUCUCGUUACCCAUUCUCUAACACCUGGAGGGCACUGAUAUAGCGAUGAAUAGUGAAACAUGACUAGGUGUACAGGAGAGAUUAAUUAUUUCUGACUUGUUGAUCUGGCUUUGUGAUAACGUGAGGAUGCGACCCAAAUUAACUGAUUAUAGACAGGACGAGAUCUAGCGCUCGAAUCUUCGAAACGCAAGUUUUUCUCAGUAGAGCGCUCUUUAUCUUACUACAGCUCAAUCAGUCGGUCAUUCCGGGUAUUUGGAGUGUGUGCCCCCCAAACGGGCCACGUGUUAGGUGCGUUGGACCAACACGGGGGCCAUAUCGGAUUCUGGCUGGCGUUAUCGGAUUGCGAACCAUAACCAAUGCCAACAUUUCGGGGUGAGGUGGCAGGCCCGGAUGUCGGCAGUCAUCGCGCACACUGGGAUCUCUGCCAUCCCCCCUUUGUUGUUGUUGUUGUUGAUCAAAAAACCUGGUUAUUUGCUGUGUGGACCAGAGGAUGUGGAGUGGAACGCCAAGGUGCGGGCUCGACCGUGCCAUCCACCUGCGUCCUCUCCCGCCUCCGGUCUUCUUGACUCUGUCUUGACACAGGGACCAAGUGAGGGAGGAGGAGAGAGUGCGGUAGAUGCUGCGCAAGUCCACUAUCACUAUAAACUAAAUCACGUACAAUUCACCGUCCCUGCUCUCACACUGCACACGGUGGACGAUCAAACUAUCGUAUUUGGAGUGUGUGCCCCAAACGGACCACGCGGAAGAUGCACUGGGUCAACACGAGGGCAAUAGAGGAUUCUGGUAGGCGUUAUCGGGAACCCAUAACACAUUUCAGCAUUCGGGGCUCGGGGGCAGGCUUACUCGCCGGCUCACGUCAGGCCAAGUGGGAUCCCUGCCUCCCCUGUCCUGAUCAAGUGUUUGUUCUGGACCAGAGGGUGUGAUGGUACACCAGGGGACGAGCAUUCGCCCUGCCAGCCACAUGCGGCCGGCGUCCCCGCCUCUGGUCUUCUUGACACCGUCUUGACGCCGGAUCCGGGUAGGUGAGGAGAAAAGAGUGUGUAGAUGCUACGCAAGUCUACAAUCACUAUAAACUAAUUCACACACUAACGUCACCUUGCCUCUUCUCACCCUCCUGUGGAGUACACGGUGGAAUUCGUCGGUCACGACGGUCGAACUCUCGUAAUUCGACAGUUGUUGGUUAAAAUCCUGGUUAGCGUUUGUUGCGGACCAGGAGGUGGGACGGUACGCCUAAGUUCGGGCCCCGCCAUGCCAGUCACCUGAGCCCUCUCCUGCCUUCAGUCUUCAUGACUAUGUCUUAGCACCCGGCCCAGUCAGAGGGGGAGGAGAAGAAGAAGAAGAAGAAGAUGAAGGAGAAGAAGAAGAAGAAGAAGAAGAAGAAGAAGAAGAAGAAGAAGAAAAAGCGACACUAUAAACUAAUUCACACACAAGCCGCUGUGUCUGUUCUCACCCUGUUGUGGAGCACACGGUGGACAUCGUCGGGCGCGACGGUCGAACUGUCGUAA